UAAGGGUAAAAUGAGAAUUUUAGAGUUAUAUUGUUGCUAAAUAUAGAAAAGUGACGGAAAGACUGUCGUAUAAAUUGGAAAGGAGGGAGUAUUGUGUAUGAGAAAUGUGUGAGAAAAUAUUGUAGUGUGCAUAAUAAAAGUGAAGCUGAUGUGUAGUUAAAAAGAUAGCGAGAUAUCCGCGCCUAAAUGUUUGUUUAUUUAUUUACUUUUUUACAUUUUAUUUUUAACUGUAAUUUAUUGUAUUUUCACCGACAGUUACUAAUUGGGGGUGAUAGCGCUGGAGGUAACAUAGUUCACCAUUUAGCUCUCAGAUCUGGAUCCGAAAGCUUGAAUGGGGGAAUUAAAAUAUUGGGCUCCAUACUUUGUUUUUCAUAUUUUUUAACAUCGAGUGAUUUUAAGGAAGAUAGUUUGCUUAGUAGGAUUUGGGAGUUUGUGAAUCCAACAGCUGAGGAUGGAGUUGAUGAUCCAAGAAUUAAUCCUUUUGUUGAAAAAGCUCAAAGUUUAUCAGGAUUAGGGUGUUCGAAUAUUUUGGUGUAUGUUGCAGAGAAAGAUGAGCUGAGAAAUAUAGGUAUUAAGUAUGUUGAAGCUGUGAAGAAAAGUGAGUGGAAAGGGGAAAUUGUAUUGAUUGAUGUUGAAGGAGAAGAUCAUUGCUUUCAGAUAUUUGAUCCUGAGAAAGAAAAGGCCAUAGAUUUGAUAAAGGAAAUGGCUAAUUUUAUCACAAAGUAUUGUGUGUGACUGUUUUUUAGUCUCCAAUAAUUGAGAUGAUUCAUUACAUUUUCUUGGCUAUGUCGAUUUUAUGAAAUGUUAAGAAGAUCAUGAUGUCAAAGUUUAUUUGUUCUAAAGUUCCUUA